AUGACUGCCAAACAGCCCACACCACAGGAACCAUCAAGUCGUGUAUCUGGGAAGGAAUGGAAGUUGGCAAAGGCCCCUACUCGUCGUUCACAGAUGCCCAAGGCCUUGAAACAAGCAUAUACAGAGCGCAUGGCCAAAACUAAACAACAUGACAUUGUUAGAAAUCUUGCAAAAUCAUUGACUCAGGAGAAGAUUGAUGAGAAGCGACGCAAGAGAGAGAUUACUGAAGAAAGGAAGAAGAUUCAGGAAGAGAAGGAGAGAGUUGCCAAUCUUGCCGCCAAGAUGUCCGCCAACAAGCUCAAGAGACUCAAAAAGAAGGCUGGGAACCUCAAGGGACGCUAG